AUACAAAUUAAAGACAUGAUCCCUCGCAAUUUGACCAAGAAUGUGUAUGAAGAAAGUAGCCUUAAUGUGGUCAAUUUUCCUCUUUCAGAAUGAGCUCUUCUAUGGCCUGUAAGACUGCAGCAGACCUGUGUGUGUCAGAACCCGUCAGUGUCAUCGUGAGUCAGAGUUCAGAGUUAAACCUGAUCGAGAUGACAGAGGUUGAAUACAUACAGCAGAUCAUUCAGAGUCAUAUCGAAACUCAGGUGUCAGAGACAGACAGCUCAGGCCUUCCACACCCUGAAGGAAACCUGUCUGAAAACUCGUCCCUCACUCCGUCAACGUGUCAGUCAGACGUCCCCUCAGAUGGCCAGUGCAUUAUACCCCAGUUCAGUAAUCCUGGAUCAGUGGAUGUUCAUGAGAUUAAGAUGCUGCUGGUGGAUGAGGUGAGCAGCGUGUUUGGAUGUGAGAGGACGCCGGCAGGUGGUGCAGAGGUCCCGGGCUCAGUGCUGGAGAAGGUUCAGUGUGUUAUAGACCAGAAGGCUGACCUGUUUCAUCAGAGAGGUGCAAGGCCACUGGAGGGGCGACCAAGUCCACCUGCACGUGUCCGUCUGGAGAAAAGAUUCAUGUCAAUGUUGUGUCAUUCUACGGAGACUCCAGUAUGCACACAUGCACAAACAGAGAAGUGGAGCAUAUCAGACAAGAUGGGUGGUCAGCAAUCUGAGGUGGUCAUUCCUAAAGAGCUGACCUUCAGUUUCAGAGCAGAUAAAGGUGCAGACUCUGUGACGAGAGCACCGUGUGUUAUUUACACUGACACCACUGACCUGCAAACCACCACCACAAUGAAAAAUGAUGUAGUGGGUAAAGCCGUUCUCCCGGUCAAGCGUGCCAGAACCAGGGCUCUCAGGUCCUGUAACGUCACAGAAGGCUCAGAGAACUGGAAGCCACGUGCUGGCAUGUCGGGUGCUAAGCGUGGCAGAAGGAUGAGACCUCCACAGGAACAAACUCAGCGCAGAGAAAUACACAACAGAAAGGAGAGAGAUCGCAGGAGAAGAAUCCGUCUGUGCUGUGAUGAGUUGAACCUGCUGGUGCCUUUCUGUUACGCUGAUACUGAUAAAGCCACAACCCUGCAGUGGACUACAGCCUUCCUGAAAUACAUUAGAGAAAUACAUGGAGAUUCUCUCAAACAGGAUUUCCAGGGCACGUUCUGUGGUAAGACUGGACUGCGGCUGAAGCCCAGCUGUGUUUCAGUGGUUCACCAUCCAGAACUCUCUAAAGAUGCUACACAAUCUUACAACUCUUCCUCACAUAACUGACUUCCUCUUUCUGCUGUGUGUUGAUGCUCAGAGCUCUGAAAAGAGUUCCCUUUUAAAAUUUUAACUUGUGUAGCACUCUACACUACAGAUUAUGUAGUGUUUACCAAAGCACUGUUCUUUGCACAAGUAACAGAUUUGAGAGUAAUGUUAUUCCAUUUUUAUUCUUAUUAACAGGCCUCAUUUGUAAAAACAUGAGCAGAACAUAUUUCUGUUUAAAUUUUUCAGAAAACUUCUUAGGUCACAUUCAUUUCAGUACAAUUUAAGAACUUUCUAUGAACAAUUCAAAAUUUUACAAACAAUUCACACAGAAAAUCUUUCUGAAAUUCGUUCUGCUUAUGUUUAAUAAA